AUGGAGACGUAUCACGGGCACGUCCGCACUCCUGCGGACGCUAUCAUCCUCUUCGAAGCUUGUCGCAUUGGCCUUCUUCCCCGCGUACAGAGACGUCUAUCCGAGAAGGAACGUCAAUUAAUUCGUUCCGGGUCAGUCUUUGUCUGGGAUGAACGCGAAGCGGGCAUGCGAAGGUGGACCGAUGGCAAGUCAUGGAGUGCCAGUCGCGUAUCUGGAAGCUUCUUAACAUAUCGCGAGAUGGAAGGCAAACGGGGAGGAACCGGUGUUGCUCAGACGACGAUGUCGAGAGCUGGUAAGACACCAGAAAGCACACGAGGCAGUGACGACGACCGUGGAGAUGGCGCAGACGAAGGGCCGGACGGCUACCGCUACAAGCCUGAUGGCUUGAUGAAACAGUCCUUCAGCAUUACGACAUCUACCGGCCAGCACCUCCAUCUGAUCAGCUACUACUCGAGGUCACAUCCGUCUGCGGCCAACCUUCAACAACCGUCGACAGACCCCAAUUUGCGACAUGUGCGUCCUCAAAAGGGGCUUUAUCCGGAGUCUACUGUGAACGAUCAACAGAAUCUUCCCGUUGUGACUCGUGGUCCUAUGGCCGGUGCCGCAUAUGUGCCUCCUCAUCCCAUGGCACCCUAUGGGCGCUCUCCUGCUGCACACCCGGCGCCAUACACUCCUUCAUAUACAUGGCCUCCGACUCCACUGGCUACUCCGCCUGUUCCGGUCCACUAUCCAUCUUACCUUCCGUCAGUGUCUCAGCCCAAUGGUCAAAUACCAUAUGGCCAUCAGGCUGCCGUGCCACCUGGUACGCCCUUGCCGCCUCCGCAACCACCGGGAUUGCCGGCACACCACGAGCGGCCGGUGCAUGUAGCUGAAGUUACGAUGGCGCCAUCUCUCCAUCAACCGUCGAGCGUGCAGGUACUUGCAAGCCGGUCACCACGAGUGCCGCCCGGAGCGCACGAGCUUCUUCACCACCGCCCGAGUCCACCGGAGCUUGGUCCGCCUCGUGAGAUUGCGAGAUCGUCACCCCGCACACAGCCACAUCAUAUGCCGCACAGCAACGGCAUCCCAUCGAUUGCGCGCAGUCCCCAGCUUAUCAGUCAGCCACCGUCCAGUAGCGUACAAAUCCCUCCGCCGAGCACGAUGGCGCCCAAGCCACUGGAAGCCAGUACCGGCACCACCGUGCCCAGCAUCGGUGCGCUGAUGAACGGCGCUCCUUCUGGUGGAUUGCCGUCGAUCGCCGCUCCCCCAGCCCCGGCCGCAGGACGCGCCGAGGGACCCCGAGACAUUCCCAGCGAAAAGAUCGGGUUCGGGGGAGAAGACAUGCGCGCACUGCGGCAACUGGACCGGGUGUUCACCGCAUAG